GCACACAAAAUAAUCCCACAAGCUUUGCUAUAAAGCAUGCUCCCCCCUCUGCCCCUUUCCCUCCCUCCCUCCUCUCUCUUCUUCCUCCUCUCUCCCUGGGCGCCAUUAGCCAUUAGCACCCAAGGUUUUGUACAUUUGUAGCUGACGACGAUUCAUUGCUGGCUAUAGCUAGCUAGCUGUUCGAGCAGGGCUGGUGUGGCUGUCCGCAUUUUAGCUUUGGAGAGCCCUGCCUUCCUGCCUAGCUCCGCUCCAAGCGUCCAUCCUUUUGCUGUGGGAGCUCUCGGAGGACGAGGAAGUUAGCAGAUUCAUGGCGCCGGUGAGUCUGCCGCCGGGCUUCCGGUUUCACCCAACUGACGAGGAGCUCAUCAUCUACUACCUUAAGAGCAAGAUCAACGGGAGGCAGAUUGAGCUCGAGAUCAUCCCGGAGGUUGAUCUUUACAAGUGCGAGCCUUGGGACCUUCCAGAAAAGUCAUUCCUCCCAAGCAAAGACCUGGAAUGGUACUUCUUCAGCCCGCGAGACCGCAAGUACCCGAACGGAUCGAGGACGAACCGCGCAACCAAAGCCGGAUACUGGAAGGCAACUGGGAAAGACCGCAAAGUGAAUUCCCAGAAGCGUGCAGUUGGUAUGAAGAAGACCCUUGUGUACUACCGUGGCCGAGCCCCGCAUGGGUCUCGCACCGACUGGGUCAUGCACGAGUACCGCCUCGACGAGAGGGAAUGCGAGAUCGAUAAUGGCUUACAGGAUGCGUAUGCAUUGUGUCGGAUUUUCAAGAAGACAGCACCCGGGCCAAAGAUCAUGGAGCACUACGGCGCAGCGCAGUACCACGGGGAGCAGCCUCAGUGGACGCCGAGCAGCGUCGAGCGCUCCCCGACACCAUGUGAUGGAAGAGGUGGUGGUGAUGACUUCGAGAGCAGCAGCUUCUCAUUCCCGACGGAGGCCCCAAUGACUUCAGGAUCCAUGCACGGCAGUGGGUUCGGGAUGCAGAUGAUGGGCGGCAUGCCUCACGAGGACGGCAGGUGGAUGCAGUUCUUGAGUGAAGACGCCUUCAACGCCACCAACCCCUACUUCAUGAACCCAGCUGCUGCCUCCAACUUCUCAUGCCUUCCAUCCAAGGUGGAUGUUGCACUGGAGUGUGCAAGGCUGCAACACAGGCUGGCCCUGCCGCCAUUGGAGGUGGAGGACUUCCCGCAUGACGUCAGCCUUGACACGAAGACCGGCAUACUCCAGAGCAACCCCAACGAGGUCGACAUUCUCCAGGAGUUCCUGUCGGUGGCCUCGGCGUCUCAGGAGCUGAUCAAUGGCUCCGGCAGCAGCAGCAGCUACCCUGAUAUGUGGUUAGGUGCCGGCACCAGCAGUGGCGGCGGCCACUACAUGAACGAGCUGUCCUCUCUCGUUGAUCUCGGAGCGGCGAAGGCGAAGGAGGAGGUCGACAAUUUCUACCAUAUGUGCGGCAUUGGCGCGUCAAUGAUGAGGCGUGAUGACGAACCCGGCAGGCUGGUUGAGAUCAGUGACAUGCAGGAGUUCAAGGAAGAGAAGAAGCGGCCGGUUGAGAACCUCAGAGGUGUCAAGCUGGUGAACAAUGACCUUGGGGAGAUCGUGGUGGAAGGAGAUGAAAGCAAUCCAGCAGAAGGCAUCACGCACUAUCCUAUACAAGAUACUGCAGAGAAUUCAGGAGAAGCCGGUCACCACAUGACCGAUCAUACCACUGACGAAGGCGGCAUCGACACGGCCCCUAUCUUCUCGCAAUCUCAGCCUGACGACUUCGCUCUCGCUAUUGGUUUCGACAACGACGGCGACGACAACACCAACCCCAACGCGUCCUUCGACCUGUACGGGAAGGUCGACGUGCAGCGCGGUCUCUUCGUCUCGCGGGUCGGCGCGGCGAAGACAUUCUUCCACCGCGUCGAGCCGCCGAAGAAGGUCAGCUUCCACCUGAAUCCAGCAGCGAGCGAGGUCAGCAAGGCGAUCGAGAAGUUCCAUUAUCUCCCCGUCACGUCCAAAGUUAGUGGUAGCGGUAGUAGCAGUAGCAGGGUCUCCGUCUUUGGCAAGGUGAAGGCACUCAUCAGGGGCAAAUUCCCGACGAUGAGGAGGCCGCCAUCACCAUUGCAGCACCAGAGGCCGGAGACGACAGUGAGUGAGCUGCUGCAGAUCGUGUCACUCCUCCUGGCACCCAAGGAAGCCGUAACCGAGCGAGAAGAAGAGAUGGUCAGCAGGAAGAAGGUGAAGCCGGGACGACGGGGUUGCGACGGUGGGUGCAGCAGCUCGUGGCAGCUUGGGCUCCCCGGCAAGGGGAGCAAGGGCAUUUCCAGCAUGUUUUUGAGUGGGAAAUGGGCGUUUCUAACCUCUGCAUUGGCGGCCGUCCGCGCCCCAGGGCCGUGCAAUCACUUCUGAAAGGUCGCACGCCUUUCGCUUCGACCAUCUCUGAUCAUGACUACUUAUUGUAACACUAUUUGUUUGUUUCUUCUACUACUGUAAGCUCAGUAGCGGCGCUUGCGUCUGUUGAUUAACCGGGUGUGAAACUGGAGGGUGUCGGCACUAUUUGUACGUACGUGCAUUAACUUGUAUCAAAACAUAUUGUUUAUAUAUGAAUUGUAAGUGCAGAUAUAUAUACAUAUA